AGAGGAGAAAGAAAAGGGAUAAAGAGGAAAAUAUCACACACACCCGCGCGCGCAGAGGGAAAGAGAGAGAUAGAGAGAGGGACCCAGACAGGGGAAAGAACAGGGACGAGAAAAGAAAAGGAGAUCGCGCUCUCGGGUACUCUCUCGAUCGCUGCGAGGGUGCGAGAGAGCGGCGAGGAAAAGGUAGAAAUUUUUCUCCUCGUAGACGACUCGCUCGAGAGGGGAAGGCGACGGAAAAGAGAAAAGAAAGAACGAGAGAGAAAAAUCGUUUCGGGGACGAUAUACGCGCGUACGUAUUUUCGAAACAAGUGACCGAAGGUUCAUCGAGAUUCGUUGAAGAACAGUUCCAGUCCAGGGAGAAAGAGAUCGCGAGACCACGUUCUUCGUAUACCGCGACAUCGUUAUUCUACGUUAUUUAUCGAUAUCGAAUCGAGCCGGCCAUCCGGAAGAACACGUCGCCGGACAGGAUCGUCGGGGUCGUCUGUCGUUGACGACCGUCCUGGAUAGGAAACGGAAGAAGAGUGCCGACAUGUCGGCCUUGAACGCCGGGCCCUGUCGACCCGGGAUUAUACUCUACCUGGCGGCCGUUCUACUGGCAUCGCAGUCCGAUUCUGCACCCGUUUACGACCAGGAUACCACACAAGUAGCGGAAUACGAUGGAGCCACUUCCGGAUGCUACUACAACUACCAGCACUACAAGGAGGGGGACAGAAUCAUCACGAACGAGCCGUGUUUAAACUGCACGUGCCACAAUCGAAUGCUGAUGUGCUACCUCAGGGUUUGCCCGUUCACGAAAGCGAUCGGCCAGGAUUGCACGGUUGAGAAACGGCCGGAUCAAUGCUGCCCGGUCAUCACCUGUCCAGAGGUGCCGGUACAGUUGUUGACCUCCACCACUAGCGCGCCAUCCACUUCCGGCUCCACGGCGGUCGGGUUCCACGACAAUUACGGGUGCAACGUGGACGACAGGUUCUACGCGGACGGUGCCCAACUGCCCACCGAUCCUCAGAAUCCUUGCGAGCUCUGCUACUGCAUCAGGAACAGGACAACCUGCGUCAUGCAGGAGUGUACUUUGCGCGUGGCAGGGUGCAGGCCGGUCUAUCAACCGGGUGUAUGCUGUCCUGUCAAAUACAAUUGCGAAUACGACGAGGAACAAGCGACGACGGUUGAACCAACGCCCGGCCUCAUCAUGACCACAACGAUGGCCCCCGGGGCGACCACGUCUCAAUGCUACCACGAGGGAAAGGUUUACGAGGGCGGUGACUUGAUAUACUCGACCCAGCCUUGUCAGCACUGCUAUUGUUUCCACGGUGACAUCGCGUGCGCCGUCCAAGAUUGCGGGACACCGAUGAAGACUCACGGAAAGAACUGCACGGCCCUGCCACCGCCCGAAGGGGAGUGUUGCCCGACCACGUACGAGUGCGAAGAUGACGGAGAGGUGGUGACGUUACCGAGAGGCGAGGAACGAUACUCGACGACCGAGGGACACGUUCAGGAGACCACUGUUGCGGUAACGGAAGCAAUUGAGAAACAACUCGCCGAAACGACGGAGGAGUCGUUCCCCGGCUCUGACAACGUGAUACCUCAAGACCACGAGGCCGCGAGCACCGAGCUGCCCGUCGAGGGCGCGUCGUCCACGGAGGAGCCGAAGAAGGAAGAGGCGUCGACUGGAAAAGAAAUUGGUAUCACGGAAGAAUACGCGACCGAAGGUGCGGUGGCAGCCGAGUCGACGCCACUUCCCGAGGAAGCGGGGGCGACGGAGGAAAAAGAGGGGAAGGGCGAGGAACUGGCUACUACACCCGCAGAAGAAACUACUCGAGAAGUGAAAGAAGGGGAAGAGCAACAGGUGGUUACCGAGCAGGCAAUAGUACCGGAAGAAGCGCAGACCGUAGGAGGAGUGGAGAAGGGAGAACGGCCUGAGUUACCAGCAAGCGGCGAGAAGGAGGAAGAAGCGAAACCAACGGAGGAAGAAAGCCUCGUUCCUGGCGAGGGAGAGAAGGAAGAAGAGCCAAGCGUCACCUCCGAGUCCUCUGUAGCUCUGGAGGAGGAGCAGCCGGUUGAAAAGUCCACGCGGUUGCCUGAACUUCCAAGCGAGGAGAAGGAAACAUCCUCGAUCCCUGAGGCGACAACGGAGAAGGGUUUGAGCGAAGAACAAGUGACGGAGGCGGUGAAGGAAACGGAAGGCCCUGCGAUCGUGUCCGAGCAGGAACAAAGAGGGACGACGGUGGUGCCUGGCGAAGAGAAAGGUGCAGAGGAAGCGGCCACGCCUGAAACAGAGGUGGCCACUGAAAAAUCUGUCCCAGAAGCUCCAAGUACCGAACAAGUUCCUGUGCAAGAAGAGGAAGAGAAGAAAGAGGAAGAGAAGCCAAUGGUGGAAGUCAGCACGGAGCAGCAGCCUACAGAGGCGGGUGUUGUUCCAACGGAACAUGGCGUAGAACGAGAAGCGACCACGGAAGCUGCGGCAGAAACGGAGCAGCCAGUGGUACACGAACAUAAGACAGGCGUGGCUCCUAAGAAGGAAGACGCGAUCCCUCCUGAAAUUCCUCCGGAACCUAUUUCUCCAGAGGCCGGCGAGAAACCGUUUACGGGUGAAAAGGCUGAAGAGGAGGAGGAGGAAACGCCGGUGAUCCCAGAACAGGGUCCGACAGGAAUUUCGAUCACGGAGCGUAUACCUGAAAGCAAAGCAGAGGACAAGGAAGCGGUGACCGAAAUGCAGGUUACCGAGGGCUACGUUGAUAUGAAGCCGCCAGAAUUUCACGUACCGAGCAACCUCGUGACCGAGGCUCCUCAGGCCAAGGAACCUUCGUCCACGUAUCUACCGGAAGAGCACGAAACGACGUCCGCUCCUAAGCAAGAGCAAACAGUGCCUAUCGAGCAAGAAGGGACCACGAUGAGGGGACAAUUGUCCGAAGAAGGAUCCACGACGGAGCCGCAACGAAAGGCGAGUGAAGAAGAAGUUUCCUCGGUUACCGAAAGCGAUCAGGUUCCAGGCGAAGAGAAAGAAGCGACGGAAGCAGCUCCUAAAGGCACCGAGCAACCCGCGCCGAGUGUCGAGGUAUCGACAACGCAGCAACCUUCACAGGAACAAGAGGCUCAACAGACGGAACAACCUGGCUUACAGGAGGAGCAGAGCACGGAAACCUCGUCUUCCGAGGUUUCGCCCACGAAGGAAACUUCCAAGGAAGAGCUGCCGACGAAGGGAUUGACUAUCGAGGAAUCCGAAGAAGUAACUUCAUCCGAGGAAGUGAACGAUUCCAGUGAGGAAGUUAGCAAAGAGAAACCGAUUGAGACGGAGAAGGGACCCGAGGAACAUCCGUCAGAGACGCCAACUCAGCCUUCUGUAUCCGAGGAGCAUCCGACGGAACAACCAGCAAUCGAGGAGCAUCUGACGGAACAACCAGCAGUCGAGGAACAGACUGUUGGAACUGAGAAAGUAAGUACAGAAAGUGCCCCGAUAGCUCCUUCGACGGAAGCUCCAAGCGGAGAAGAACGAUCCACAGAAGUGGUCCCAGAAGAGAAAGUUGUUACCGAACAAGAAGAGCGAGUCACUGUUGCGCCAGAAGAAGGUGUGCCAAGCGAGAAGCCUGAAGUCGGUUCGGAAGCUGCCGAAGAACAGGUGACUGAGAAACCAAUUGCUGGCAAAGAGGAAGCUCCUGUUACCGCUAAACCAGCAGAAGGCGAAGAGAUAAGCACAGUACCCGUAGUUAGCGAAGAAGGUGAAGCGAGCGAGAAACCUCUCGAAGAAGUUCCGAAAGAAGCUAUACCUGAAAGCACGCCAGCAACUCAGGAGGCUGAAGGAGCAACGGAAGGAAGUUUAACGAUCGAAGUUCAUCCAACAGUGGCGUCCAUGGAAGGAAAGACAGAAACGCCAGAGUCUUCGGAACAGCCUGUUGUCACACAGACCGAAGCGCCUAUAACCAAAGAAACGACUGAACAGGUAGAAGAAGAACGGAAAACGGAGGAGCCUACGAAGGAAGAAGAAGAACGGAAGACGGAGGAGCCUACGAAGGAAGAAGAAGAAGGGAAGACGGAGGAGCCUAUGAAGGAAGAAGAAGAACGGAAGACGGAGGAGCCUACGAAGGAAGAAGAAGAACAAACCGAAGGACCUGCAGCUGCGUCUCCAUCGACGGAAGAGACGAUGACAGAAGCAGGAGCAGAGAAGGAAGGAACUCAAACUCCUGUGGAGGAGCACACUAAAUCUCCUAUCAGCGAGCGUAAAGAGGAUGAAGAAAGCGUGAAAGGUGCUGAAGAGCCAUCCGAGAAGGAAGAAGGCGUUCAGAAGCCACCUCUUGAAGAAGAGAGGACAACUGAAAAGCCUGCAGGGGAGGAAGAAAUGACUGCAGUGCCAGAGGAAGCUGAAGUAACUGGAAAGCCUAUCGAAGAAGAGAAGCAACCCGAGGAGCAACCUAGUGAAGAGCAGCGACCUAGUGAAGAACCAACGAAGGAGGAAGAAGAGAAAUCUGUUGAGGGAAAACCGACUGAAGAGCCAGUAGAAGGUGAAAAAGUAACCGAAGAACCGACUAUUGAAGAGGAGAAACACGCGGAAGAAGAAAAGCCGACCGAAAGUCCGGUCGAGGAAGGAAAGACGACAGAAGAGAAGCCAACUGAACCUGUGGAAGAAGAAAAGGUGAGCGAAAAACCUGUUGAAGAAGAAGAAAAGCCAAUAGAAGAGGAGAAAGGAACAGAAAGUCCCAUGGAAGAAGAAAAACGUGUCGAGGAGGAAGGAAAAUUGGGAGAAGAAGAGAAGCCGACUCAGGAACCUGUUGAAGAAGAAGAAAAACCUAUUGAGGAGGAGAAACCAACGGAAAAACCUGUUGAGGAAGAAAAACCAACCGAAAAAUCUCUCGAAGGAGAACAACCUACGGAAGAACAUAAACCAAUUGAAGAACCUAUAGGAGAAGAACAACCUACUGAAGAGCAAAAACCAAUUGAAGUAUCGACUGAAUUGCCUGUUGAAGAACAAAAACCAACGGAAAGUCCUAUUGAAGAGGAAAAAUCAACGGCGCCUGAAGAAGAGAAACCUAGCGAGGAAGAAAAAUCAACUAAAGCGCCUGUACAAGAAGAGGAAUCGAGUGAACAGCCUAAAAAAGAAGAAGAAGAAGAAGUGCAACAAACUGAAGGACCUAUCGAAGAAGAAAAACCUACUGAAGAAGCGAAGCCAACUGAACAACCAAUAGAAGAGGAAAAACAAGAGCCAACUGAAAAGAUUGCCGAGGAAGAGAAACCAUCUAUCGAACCUGUCGAACCUGUUGAACAGGAAAAGACAACUGUGGAACCUGUUGCGGAAGAAAAACCAAGCGAAGUCGCACCCUCUCAAGAAACUGUACCAGUUGAAACUUCAACUGAAGGUCCUACGAUAGAAGAGAAACCCUCUGAAAGUGCCGAACCACUAUCUACCGAAGUUCCUAUUGUAGAAGAAACUGUUAGCCCGUCUGCUCCUAAAGAGAUAGCUGAAGCAUCGACAGAGCUUCCAAAAGAGAUUCCAGAGGGUUCCACGAUCGCUCCGAAAGAAGAAAUUCCUUCGCCCACGGAAGAAACGCAAACAGAAAUUGCUGGCACACCGCAGGAAAAAUUAACGGAAGCUCCCAUCGAUCAUGGCGAACCUUCUACAGAACCUACUAAACAAAUUCCAGAACAGCCCAUCGAAGAAGGAAGCACUCAACAACCAGAAUCACCUAUUGAAGCGACAACAGCGGCUGUUCCAAGCGAAGAAACAAUCAAAGAAGAAGGCAAAAUAUCCACCGAAGAAAAUAUCGUGACUGAAGUAUCACCGACCGAAUCUGCGUCACCUUCCGAGGAAACCAGUCCAGCGGAAGAAGAACAAAAGGUAUCUGUUCCUGAACAAGUUCAAACCGAAGCUCCAUCGAGAGAAGAGGGAACAACGCAAAUUUCUCGAGAAAAAGAAACCGAGGCUCCAAUGUUGGAAGAAAAGAUUAUAGAAGAAGAAGCAACGUCUGCACCUAAGGAAGGAGAAACUCCAGAAACUACCCCGUACACGGAAACAUCGUCAAAAGUCGGGACUGAAGGAGUCGUCGAGCAAUCCACGUUGGCUGGAGGAAUACCCGAAGAAGAGGUAUCGACGCAGCCUCCUUAUCAUAUACCACCAACAAUUCCAGGAGAGGGCAAUUGUCUCGUCGAAGGUCAAUCUUACAGCAACAACUCUGCGAUUCCUCCGUCGAAUCCUUGUCAACUCGCUUGCCGUUGCGUCAGCAGUAUUAUUCAGUGCGACCUGGUUCAAUGUCCACCGCCCCCGAGCCACUUGUCGAAUUGUAUGCCGCUUCACAUCGGUAAAGAUUCUUGCUGCCCGAUGUACGCUUGCGACUCGACGCCAACCGCUGGCUUGGAGUCCGAUAAUCACAUGAUCGAGCAUGAAACGCCUAAAUACGAAGAGGAGGAGAAACAGAAGACCGUACCACCUCUAGAGGCGGAACUUCCUAAGGAAGGAACAACGGAGGGCGUCGAAGUGAAAGAGCAUUCGACCACCGUAGCGCCGAAAAUAAUACCCGGCGAGGAAACAGGCGAACAGAUGACUGCUGCGCCUGGUUUGGCAGAAGAAGCGCAAACGACACCGAAAUCUGUCGAACCUGACCACACUCAAGCGACUUCCACUGUCGUGGAAGGUGCCAAAGAGGCCGAAGAGCAUACUCUUAGCCCAGUAGUGCCUCCGGUGCAGGUAGAGUCUUCUAGUCAAAUACCUUCGGAGGAAACUUCAUCAGAAAUACCGAGCAGUUCGGUAAAGAGCGUGGAAGAACAGGAAGAGCAAGCAACGGAGGUGCCAUCCCCUGAACAGCCAAUCGAGAAACAUGUUCCCGAAGAGCAACAACCCUCGAGUCCGGCAGCAGGCGAGGAACAGACGACGCAACCGAUUCAAGAAGAAGAAACUUCCGUUGGAAUUGAAAAGGAAGCUGCUACCACGGCGAAAUCAACGGGUGAACAACCACCGGAAGAAGAGGAAAAACCUGCAGAGGGUGAAGAACAAGUGACCGUCUCUCCCGCGAUCUCGGAAGAAGGUACGAGCCAAAGGUCCGAAAUUCCAAGUUCUACCCUCGUACCAGAAGGCCAGCCACAGGAAAGUGGCGAAACUCAGAGACCGUUGGAAGAAGGAACAACUUUGAGUGCGGAAUCGGUAACACAACCCGAAGAAGAAAGGAAAGAACAACCUGAACAGCCUACUCCAGAGGAUGAAUCGCAGACUGUCCAACCCAGUGAAUCAGAAAAACCAUCUCCUCCAACCGUGGAACCAUCCACUCCAGAGCAAGAAGUUACUCCUGUGGAACAGGAAACCGUUAAGCCCAUCGAAAGUGAAACACCUGGAACGACAAAAAUGGAAAUCUCUACAGAAGUUCCGGCGUCAGAGGAAAUAACUGAACCUGGCGUGACUAAGGAAGAACCAAGUAAAACUGAAGCACCUCAGGAGGAAGGAGAGGUCACGACACCAAGCGAGGCAGAAGCUCCAAAGAAAUCAGAGAUUCCUUCAACGGAGGAACAGGCUGUUGGAACUGAACCCGUUGGAACUGAACAACCUUUAACACCUACUACUUUAGCAGGCGAACAAACCAAAGAAACAGUUGCACCUGAAGGCACGCUCAAGGUGACUACGGAAGCAGUGACUGCAGAGGAGCAGCAUACGGAGAUACCUGAACAGCAAACCGAGGAACAAGUGGCAAGCUCGACCGAAUCUGUCGAGACGAGCAGCGAGGAAGAACCAUCGAUACCUAUCGAAACGAAGGAAACGACUGAAGAACAGGGUGUCACCGAAGAGCAGCGACCAACCGUCGUCGAAAGCAAGCCCGAAGAGGAAGCUUUACCUUCGUCCGAACCAACUCCACCAGCAGAGGAACAAACUCCUGCUCCGUCUGGCGAAGAGGAAGCUACAUCAUCCUCCGUUUCUCAGGAAACGAUUACGGAAGCUGCGCAUGAAGCCACCACGGUGAAAGCUGCCCCUGUGGAAGCGACUUUGCCUCAAGAACAAACUGAACAACCUGCUGCUGCUAUCGAGAAAGAAACGGUGGCACCUGUUACCGAAGAAACAGUUACGGAGAGAGUUAAGGAAGAAAGCGUUGAACCAGAGGAACACGUAACGACCGAAAAAGCAGUCUCUGUCGAAGGCGAAGAAACGCCUGAAACUACAGCGCCGGUUGAAGUUGCGGAACAAGUGACGGAGAAGGAGGAACAAGCGACAGAAUCUGCGGUGCCAGCUGAGAAGGAAGCAACAAUCGCUCCUGAACAGACACAGAAACCCGAGGAGGGAACUGAGAAAUCGAUUGUGGAAGGUGAGGAAGUUAAGAGCGAAGAGCAAUCUAGCGAGACACCUUCUCCGAUGGAUUAUACUCCAAGCCCAAUUUCACCAGAAGAGUCGAAAGAGAAGGAAGAGAAGAAACCUGAAGUAGUAACGGAAGGAAUACCGGAAGAGAAAGCGACAACUGUGCCAAGUGAAGUAACUCUGCCUUCAGAGGAGCAACAAGCUUCCGUGACUGAAAGGAAACCGGAAGAGGGUAUUCCAGAAGUGACUGAAGCGCCAUCGAUGGAAGAAGGGACAGCGAGACCGAUGGAAGAAGAAAAGGGAGAAGAACAAACGACUCCAGCAGCGGAGAUCGAAAAAGCGACUGUUUCCAAGACACCUCUCGAGGCUGGUCCAACCGAAGUGCCAGAGAAGAUAGUUCCCGAAGAAGUAUCGUCCGAAAUGCCGGAACAAGCGCUUUCCACCGAACAGCCUGUGCAACUUACGGAAGCUCCUGAGAAGAUAGCGCCUUCCACGGAAGCUCCAGAACAAGAACUUCCUUCCGAGGUUCCACCAGAGAAAGCUGCAACACCAGAGGCGCCGGAAUAUUCGACCGAACUACCUGAAAAAGCAAUUCCUGUCGAAGAAGUUUCUGAGAAGGAAGUUCCAACCGAAGCGCAAGAAGAAGCAAUUACUACCGAGACAUCGGAGAAGGAAGUUCCUGAAAUAUCGACAAAAACUCAACCUACUGAAGCGGCAGGAGACCAAGUUACAGAAGUGCCGGAGCACAUUAUUCCGGAAGAAGAAAAACCUGGCGAGGUAACGGAGAAGAUUGUUCCUGAGGAAGAGAAGCCAGUUGUGACCACAGAAAAAGUUCUUCACGAGGAAGAAGAAAAGCCUGUCGAAGUGACGGAAAGAGUUGUUCCCGAAGAAGAAAAGCCAGUUCAGACAACGGAAAAGAUUGUUCCUGAGGAGGAAAAGCCUGCUGAAGUGACCGAGAAGCUUGUUCCCGAAGAGGAGAAGCCAGCCGAGACGACGGAAAAGGAGCUUCCUCCUGAAGAAGAAAAGCCUGCGGAAACGACGGAAAAGACUCUAUCAGAAGAAGAAAAACCUGUCGAAGUGACGGAAGAGCAAAAACCAACAGUCGAAGGGGAACAACAAACAGCUAGGCCCGAAGAAGAAGAAGAAGUUUCUCAAACUACGGAAGAUCUUUCUCUCAAGGAACAAUUACCCGAACAAGCCGCGACCGAAGCUCCUCAAGAAGCGACCAAGCUUCCAACCAGUGAGGAAGAAGAGUUGGCGCGACCAACUACAGCAGCGGUUGAAGUUGAAGCGACGUCUCCUCAAGAAGAGCAGCCGAACCCCAUAACCGAAUCGACGGAAACUACAAUCGCGCCCGAGGUGCACGAAUAUACGACUAAGGAAGCGGAACCUUCGGAGGAGGCACAACUUGGCGUAACGAAAGCGCAACCUGGCAUGCCGGAAGCUCAACCUUCCAUCGAACCUACAGUCGAAACUUCUACUACGGAACACGAAGAAGAGAUGGCAGAACCAGAAAAGGCUCCCGAAGAACAUCCCGCGGUCCAAGCAUCUACGGAACAGCCUCAAGAAAAGAGCACCGUGGAACCAGCAACGGUUCCGGAGGAGCCCAAAGAGGAAGAAGCUUCCCCAAAACCUGAAGAAGAUCAACAAUCGACCGAGGCGUCCGUCGAAGAGCCCACGACGAAGGCUCAUCCGCUUCCAACAGAGCCGUCUCUCGCCGAAUCGAGCGAAGAGGAACAGGAGGGAGAAGUAGAAGAACCUGGAUUGCCAGAAACUUCCGGCUCGACGACCGAGAAAGAAGAAUCGGCCGAAGGCUCAUCGGAUCAUCACCUUCCGUCGAUGAACCAAACGUUCGAAGCCACUGAACGACCCGUCCAACCCACCCUUCACCAGCCAACGAGUACAUUAGCCCCUCAGAUACCCGAGUACUCCGACCAGGUAUCUGGAGAGGAGAAUCCGCACUUCCCGACGCACGGUGGAAGUUAUCUGUCGAAUGAAGACUACGACGAGGAUGACCAGGCGAUUUACGGACCAGGCACUUGCCGAUACGGCGGCAAAGUCUACGUCUCGGCUCAACAGAUACCAAGGGACGAUCCUUGCGACUUCUGCUUCUGCUUCAGAAGCGACAUCAUCUGUCUGCAGCAGAGCUGCCCACCACCGAUCCCAGGUUGCCACGAGGAGCCGAUCAGCGGUUUCUGCUGUCCGAGAUACGAGUGCCCGGUGUCGAUGGCCACGUCGCUCAACAUCACCACGACAACGACCACGACCACGACCACGUUACCACCUCAUUUCCAUGCCCAUGCAUACAAAGGAGCAGCGAAACGAAGCGGAUGUCAGAUUCGCGGCCAAGCGUAUCGCGUUGGAGAAGUCAUUAGGUCCGCGUCCGGACCUUGCCUUCAGUGCACUUGCGGUGGUGACGGGAACAUGAAAUGUGAUCCACGAGUGUGCAGCCCGGAACCGAUGUUGAGGCAAAUGAUAGCGGCGGCCACGGCGAGAAGGAGGAGAUGAGCCGUCCAACGAGAUCCCGGGGAUCCUUUGGACGAACAUACAAGGGAAAAAGGAAGUCUAGAGAGCUGGAUCAGUGUUGUAUAAAAGUGAAUUAAAAAUAUUCUAAACUAUCUAAAUAUCGCGGGAACACAGACUGUAAUGUGCUUCUGCGAUCACGAACUGAGUGGCCAAAACCGUAAACGUUUAUAUUAUAAUAUAAUAUUAUGUUAUAUAAAGAAGAAAAGAAAAGAGAGGGGGAGAAUGAGAAUAGGAAUAGAGAACGAGAGAGAGAGAGAAAGAGAGAGAGAGAUGAGUACGUGUAACGGA